CAAAGCCAGGACGCUCCAGGGCACUCCUGUCCUUGUAAAGGGAGACACAAUAUUCGUGCUCGCAGAUCAGAGGCAUGUGAUCAGCUGGUGUGGACUGAUCCCAGGUGAGCUGGGAGAUUGGACGGUUGUCUUGGAAAUGUCAGACCAAGGCCCAGGGAGCCUCAGGCACCGGAGAGAAAGCUCUGCUGACAGCCAGCACAUGACUGAGAAACUGGAGACCUCUGGGGAACAUCCACCGUGUGGCUUCUCCGGAGAUGCUGCAAGUCUGAAGGGAACUCUGACAGCAUGUGAGGAAAACUUCCCAACAGCUCUAUCUGUGCUUUUGGAUGUGGUCACGGGUCCUGAUCAGCUUCCAGCAGACGAGGAGUUGCAGGAAAUGUUGAGAAGAAAACUGCGCAUUCUGCAGGCUGACAGCGCUGAGGUCAACACUCUAUUCAUGGAAUUGUCCACUCAUCUUGUCUCUAUCAACAGUGAAGAAAAAGCCAUUUCUGUAACGUUCAAGACAUUUGAGGAAAUAUGGAAGUUCACCACAUAUUAUACAAUAGGUUUCCUGAGUCACUGUAUGGAAAAUCUUUUGUUAGACCAGAUGUUUUGGCUUAGUUCUUUGGAGGAAGACAUCGCUAUCAAAGUUUCCAUUCAAGAGGAAACACUAAACCUUAUCUACAAAGGCAUCCUCAUGCAAGAAGGUUCGUUCUUUGCAAGCUGUAGUGUCAACCAGAUGUUUGACAGCUCUACGUCUGGAGGAGACCUCUACCUGGAGCAGGGAGACAUAGCCCAGUUUGAGCCUCCUUUCCUGGGCUCAGGGUGGACUGUUCUCUGCCUGGCUGAUGGAGCUCGAGGCACUGCACCCAAACCUUCUCUGAAGCCAGUCAUCCCUUUUCAUCAAUGGUUUCUCAAAUCCUGUGCGGAGAACAUUUUAGUUGGUGAUGGAAAACCCUCCUGUGACUUUCCUCUGCGUUUUGCCAAAGGAACCUGUCUGGCCACAGCGGAAUAUGAUGCUGAGGGUCCAGAUGAGUUGAGUGUAGCACCCGGUGAUCACAUCAUCAUCGUGGGAGUUCUGGUGUCCUGUUUUGAUUGGUUCACAGGGCAGAAGGAGGCGACAGGUGAAGUAGGCCUGGUCAAGACAAGUUUGGUAAAACCAUCCACCGAUAUUUGCGACUCAGCAGAUAUUUUUUUGGAUGGAGAAGAAUGGAUGUUUUUCAGUCAACAAGAAGACAAAGUCAUAGAGGAAUCCAUUGCAGUUUUGAAGACCAAAUCUCAGAAUGAUAUCGGUUGUAACUACAAACUGGAUACGAUCCCUUACCAGGACUUAGAAAGAAAAACAUCACUCAGCUCUUCAAGAACAGCUGAUACACAGCAAAACGAGUUGAAGGGAAAUGUCCAGAUACUUCUUGAUCAAGGACAAGACUCAUCACCAGAUUCCAUUGUGACCAUAAGUAGAAAUCCAGAGGACUUAGUCCCAGCUACAGAGGCAGAAAACCCAAGCCCUCCUCGUUUCACUGUUCACCCAGUUGUAGAAGGAAAAAACAACACAGAGAACUUCAUUCCGCUCUUCUCUUUUUUGGAAGGACAACACUACAAAGCAGAGUUUGGCGUUCUGUAUGGAAUGACCUCUGAACUGCUCGCAUCCUCCACCUUCACAGGUCACUCUGACGAUGAUGAGCUGAUUGCUUUUCUAGGUGUUGCCAGGGAAACAGCCAGGAAGAAACGACUCUUUUGGCCGCAGACUCGAUUGUGUUUCCUGUUGGGUAAGCUCUGUACCGGGAGAUCAAAGUUCAGCCAGGCCCGGGUUUACUUUGAGGAGUCUCUAAACGUUCCCCGAGAAGUCUUCACAGACCUCCUCCUGUUGGCUAGCAUCUACUCCAACCUGGCUGCCAUAUAUCUUUUGCAGAAAAACACAGAAAGUUUCUUUGCUGUGACAGAACGACUUGUUGCCUUGGUCUUGGGAAUCCCAGAUUGCCUGAAAAGCUUGCAAGACAACUCUGUUCUUAAAUACAUCCUCAAGAAAGCCGUCCUCUCUCAUAACAAAAUGGCAGAGGCUCGAGCUUGUCUUCUGUUGGCGAAACACUACUGGGCUCAUGCUGAGGGAGUUUGGGUUGUUCCUUAUCUGGAAAGACUGCUUGUUCUUUGUGAUGAAGCUCAGAAAACUUGGAGCAUCUCACCCACUGAUGGAUACCUGACCCUGGGAAGGCUUUAUAGCCAACUCCAACUUCCCCACCUGAGUAUCAGCUCAGCCAGGAGAGCCUCUCUGCAGCCCUCUGCCAUGCUGUCUGACUGUCUUGGCAGUCUGGCUUUAGUUUUGGACAAUGUCAACAGACAGUGUGACAACACAAAACAAGAAAGCACCAUUCUUCCUCAAGUGGCUCCAUAUUUGCACCAAGCUCUUUCUCUCACCAUGGUCCAUGAUGUAGGAAAUGACCAUUGCUAUGUUUUGAGUCAUCAACUAACUGUUUGUCUCUGCCAACUCUUUUACAAGUACAAAAUGGUGGAACACGCUAUCCGCCAUAUGCAUAUUCUCAUCAACAACAUCCCAACUUCACAGCAAGUCCUCAUCCCUGCUCCAGAAAGAAACAGUGCCCUCAUCUGGUUGGCAUGGCUUCACAUUGACAACAGUCAGCCUAAUAUUGCUUUGGAAAUUCUGGACUCAGUCCUAGCCUCCAUGCCAGAACAUUGCACAACCCCUCAGGAAGGUGUCGUUCUCAACAUGCGUGGUGUGGCUCUCCGAUGCAUGGGUGACCUCCGGAGGGCAGCAGAGAGCUACCAGGCUGCUGUUGACAUCUGCCAAGAGUAUGAGGACAUGCCAAACUGGGCUGUAGCUCAGGCUAACUUAGGGCUGUUGUGUCUAAAGGCCGGAGCUAAAGGACUAGCACAAAGACACCUGACUGAGGCUGUACAGCUGUUCUCUGAGCUCAGUGAAGAGGGCCAUGAGGCGAACUUCAUCACUGUGCUGCUGGAGUUGGGACAACACAGUGUGAAGCAGCAGCAGCUGGACUAUGGGAGAGGUUGCUACGAGUGGGCUCUGUUGUUGGCUAUCCAUGCUAACCUGUCAGACUGCCAGCUCACUGCAACCAAACAUCUAUGCAGUCUGUAUGGAUGUGAGAAUCCAAACCAGGCCCAGUGCAUCAUCUACAGCCAACACCAGAUCCAGCUGCUGAGAGCCACAGGAGACAGAAGGCAGGAGGGAGAUGCACUGGAAGCCAUCGGCAAGCUCUACCUGACUCUGGGCACAGAGAGGGCUUACCGGGCAGCUCUGGACUACACCAAAAGCAGUCUGGGUAUUUUCAUCGACCUCGGCUGUAGGGAGAAGGAAGCAUAUGGCUGGUUGCAAGCAGGGAACAUCUACCACCUUUUGGGCCAGACUGAGCUUGUGGACAUUUAUGUUCAGGCAGCUCAGGAUGUUGCGCUGGGCACAGGAGACACCAUCUUCAUCCUGAAACUUCUGGAAGCUGCUGGAGACAUUUUCUUCAACAGCUGCCAGGACCAGGACAAAGCUAUUACAUUCUACAGGGACUAUGCGCUGCCCAUUGCAGUGAAAAGCAGCAGCAUUCAUACCAGACUGAGGCUGUGUAAUAAGCUGACUGAAGUGAUGCUCUGUCUCAAGCUGUAUGGGGAAGCACUGGAAUUUGCUCAUACUGCAGUGGACAUCAGUGUCUCUCUGGGCGAGUGUCUGAAUGAGCGAGUGGCCUACCACCGUCUGGCCUCUCUGUACCACUUUCUGGAACAGUACGAGCUAGCUGAGCACUAUUACCUGAAGACCUUGACCCUCUGCCCAACACCUCUGCAGUUUGAUGAGGAAACGCUGUACUAUGUCAGGUUGUACCAGACACUUGGAGACAUCCUAUUCUAUGAUCUGAAGGACCCUUUCGAUGCUGCUGGAUACUACCACCUAGCUCUAGCUGCAGCCAUGGAUCUAGGCAACAAGAGGUUUCAGCUGCAGCUGUGCACCCGCCUUGCCACCAUCUACCACAACUUCCUGAUCGAUCGGGAGCUCUCCCUCUUCUUUUACCAAAAGGCAAGAGGAUACGCUGCAGAGCUUAAUGUGAGGAGGAUCAAUAUAUCACCAGAUCAGCAGCAUAGCAGCACAUCACAGUGCAAGUCUGCAGGACAAUAGGGAAGACCUUGGAUGAAGAAGACAAUUUUCCACAGAUGGCUAAACAGAUGCUGUUUUUUGGUACAGAAAAUCACCAUGGAAUAAAUUUAUAGCACUGAUUCCUCUAAAAAGAAAAGAAAUUCAUUUUUAAAAGACAUUUCCUGCGGAUAAUGAAGACGACAAUGCCUGACUUGUCCUUUGUAAUUGUUUACUGCGUUAUAGAACUCUGAGCACAAGUUUCAGAAUUGAAAAUAUAUUAGUUGUGUCCAGUGAUGGCCUGAUUGUUCCACAAUAAAUGCAUAAGCAUCCUAAACUAGUAUUAGUGGAGUUCACAUUCACAUUUCAAAUUUUUCUAAAAACUAAAUCCCCAGUGUUAACAGGGAUGAUCACGUAAGUUUAUGUUAUGGCCAACAGUGUUAAUAACUCUGGCCUUGUCUUUGAAAAAAAAACUAGGUUUUAUCCAUCAGUUCUAUGCAUGGUUCUAAAUAUAAAGCUUUUGUCACCAUUACUAUGGGGAAAAAGUUAAAGGUACGAAUGAGUGCUGCAAUAAGUUCAAAUGUGGAAGAAGUGAAUCACUCUGCUUAUAUAUAUGCUACAACCUUGGUGACUGUGAUUUCUUGUCUGGAGCUGUGUGUCCUUUUCUUUUAUAAAGGACGCUCUGACCUAAAGGUGAACCUUUAGCGCUAAAUUGCAAAAUGAAAGUAGUACCAAGAGAUUUUAGAGCAGUUUUAAGGAGAUGUUGAUGUCCUUUUUCUUUAGGACUUAGCACCUGCCCAUAGUGCCAGAACCAACACAACUAACCUAACCUCAACCCCACAGAAACCCAUUGGGCAUUGUGAAGAGGAAGGUGAGAAACACCUGCCCUAAAUACAGAAGAGAUGAAGGCUAUGAAAGCAACCCAGGCUGCAUUAACACCUCUGCAAGCUUUUGCUGUGUGCAAUAUAGUUUCAACAACGUGUUACUGCCAGCAGGAGUCAGUGUGUCACUUAGACCCUUUUUGUGAGUGGACAGUCAUUGCUUUUCUUAUUCUGCCAAAUGAAACAGCACAAAACAGAAGCAUCUGUUGCCUGUCGUUAUUAUUUGUCCUGUUUUUACAGGUUGGUGAAGUUUUAAAACAAGCAUAAGUACAUGGACAUGUUUAACAUUUGAGGCAAAAGUUUAAUUGGUCAAGUAGAGUAAUAAAACAUUUAAUGCUAUGAACUUCAGGAGAAAGCAGCAGGAUCCCUCUUGAAGCUUCUUUUAGCUGUUUCACCUCUCAUUCAAAACUGAAGAAGAAAAAUUGAAUUGCCCAGCAGCCACUGUUGGGCGCCUGAGCAAAGCCUUCAACUCUAGUUGCUCCAUGGGCGCCUUUGUGUGGCUGACCCUAAUCCUGGCUUCCUGGAGUAAGCAAAAGGAGAAUUUCCUCUUGUGGUAUCAAUAGAGUAAAUAGAAUUUAAGUAAAUUAAAAAUCUCCUAGAAUUUUUGGUGUUACAGUUUACAUUCUAUUUGAAAGUGGUAUUCCUGAGCCUUACAGACAUUUUAAAAAGUUAGACUUUGCAACCCUUAACUUAGCUCACACAUUGUCAUCAGGCUGCCAUUGUCAAUGGCUAGUUUUGUUUUUGUUUUGUAAUUUUGCAUUAUGAGCCAGACUGUGAUGACCUAGAAAUAGUAAAUAUUUAAAAGAAAUGGUGAACUGGUAGCUAAAACAGAAGGACAUGCGACGUCCACCCCAACACCUGAUUGACAGUUUUUACCUUUACCUUGGACUGUUGUUGGCAGGUUGGCAGGCACAUUACUGAGCAGGAGCCAAACCUGGCAAAAAAAUAAAGGUGAGAAUUCUGAAAAUUGCAACAUUUUUUGUGUUAGUAAGAGAGUAAUAAUUAUUUAUAAUUUAUUAUGUUCACUCUCCAGGAGCUUCUCCUUAUCUCUACAUCCAUCAUGUCAUCCACACUUAGACCUUUCCCACUCUUACAUCAUGAUUUUUGAUGAACAACUUUAUGUGGUUUGGUGACGGAACUCACCCGUGGCAGCUUCCCAGCAAUGCAAAUGUAUCGCUGUUAUUGAAUGUGGUGUCUGUGUAUACAUACAACAAUUCAGUGUGUGUUUCUUAGCCCUCCUGUUAUGAUCAUUUCUCAGGAACACCGAUAAUGUUCAUGGAUCAAUUUGACCCAGGGCAUGUUUAAUUGUCCAAAAGUGUCAGAAACCAAAACAUCCCAAUAAAAAUUGUUUAUAUCUCAUUGUCACACACACACACACACACACACACACACACACACACACACACACACACACACACACACACACACAGAAAUAUCUCACAAUUGCAAAGAAACAAACAGUAUUUGACACUUCUGAACCUUUUAGCAGAAGAAGUUUCAUACUGAAAAAAUAUUUUUAACAAUUUAUUUUUUGAUCAUUAAACUUUAAAAUAGAUCAGUUUGACCCACAACAUGACAGGAGGGUUAAAAAUUUGUGUCUAUGCCAGUGCUUUGACAUAAAAAAUUUUUUUUAAAAAGCCAAAACCUACUUAGCUUUUGCUGCAACAGAACGGAGCAUCAUCCACCAAUCACAUCAAUCAAUGUUGAUGACUUUGUAAGAGAAAAACACAUUUAUACAGUUAUUUGUGUUCAUCAACAAGGAGGAAGAUAAAAUCAUUUGAAAAGUC